GCGAAGAAAAGCCAACGGGAAAGUAAAUUCAAGGUCUACAUCAACAAAGGCGAACUGGAAAGAAUUCACGAGUGGGUAUUAAAAGCGACACCUAAUAUCGAAACAGGUUAAUGUUGUUUACAUGUUUAUAGCAACGUAAAUAAAUAAAAUAUAGUAAAUAUCUGAACCUGCACCAUCUUUUCAAUGAAAGGCUGAAAUAAUUCUUCAAUAGCUUUUACUUCGCAUGAAAUACAGACUCUUUCUGAAAUGCAUAUUUAUACUCAAUCUGUCGACAAUCUGUAACAAGCUUGGAACAAGCUGUUAACAAUUAACUUGUAACAAGCUUGAUAGCAUACCGACAAGGUUGUUAUAACAAGUCUGAUACAGUCACGAUAUAACAAGAAUGUAAAUAUUACAAGGUAGACGACACAAGGCUGUAACAAUAUUGUUAUAUCAUGACUGCAUCAGACUUGUUCGAAUAACCUUGCAACAAGUUUGAUAAUAUCAACAAGAUUGUCAUAAGCUGUUAACAACUAUAAUAACAAGCUUGAUGGCAUUAUCAGACUUGUUACAAGGUUGUUCUAACAAGUCUGAUACAAUCAUGAUAUAACAAGAAUUUUACAAGGUUGAUGACACAAGCUUGUAACAAUAUUGUUAUAUCAUGACUGUAUCAUACUUGUUGGAACAAUCUUGCUACAAGUCUGAUAAUAUCAACAAGCUUGUUACAAGCUGUUUAAACAACUUGUAGAAUAUUGUUAUAUCAUGACUGUAUCAGACUUGUUGGAACAACCUUGCUACAAGUCUGAUAAUAUCAACAAGCUUGUUACAAGCUGUUAACAACUUGUUCCAAACUUGUCGACAACUAUAGGAACAAGCAGUGCGAACAGAACUUGUUGGCAGACUUGCUACAAGAUGCGAGAUUUUUGCGUAAACAAGCUUAUAAGCGGUAGUUCGUCUUGACAUACAGUAAGAUGCUCUGUCUGUUUGUCGCAUUAUACAACAUGCAAGAAGUAACAAAUCAACUAUCUUUUCUUUGCCCAAGUUCGUCCACCGUUCGGAUCACCCGUCGCUAGUAUAGAUCUAAUCGAUGAAAUAUUAACUGAAUAUAAUUUUAAGGUGGUGAUCUGUUCGGCUUAUGGCUUGAUGAGAGCACAGCUGUGGUUCAAUUUGUUCUCGGGCCUGGCAAAGAUUGUCGCAGGACAACAACAUCGUUCUUUCAAGAUAUUUCCUAUCUGGAACAUGCUAGAAGCUAUUUCACAAAACAACACGGACUUUGCAACAUAGGCCAAUGGCAUAGUCAUCACAAAAUACCGUUGUUUGAACCGAGUGCUGGUGAAAACAAUACUGUAUGGAGUAACAUGCCUACACUAGGUAUUUAAUUAUGUAUUUGUUUUGUGAUAUAGUGAAGUACUGUAUAAAUAGUUGUUUUACCUCAAAAGGUCGCCACAACAGCCUGUUUCAUCUGAUGAUUCCUCUUGGAAUCAUCUGACUGUUGUGGCAACCUUUUGAGGUAAAACGACUAUUUCUGUUCUAUCUAUAUGAUAUAGAGCACUCUUUAGCAUUUCGUGAACCAAACCACAUUCGCGAAGUAUAAAUAUACUUUUGGACAAUUUUUGUACAUUCGCUUCAAUCUCUGUGACCAAGGUUUGUUUCCUGCAGUAAACAAUUGUCUGAGAGGCGAGUGCUUCCAGUUCGACUCUGCCAAAAACAGCAGGUUUUCAGUGUAAAUAAGGUUAGUUUAAUAGUCUCCCAAAGUUUUUACUACUAUCCCAAAGAGGACGCGGGUUCGAUUCUCACCGUGGUCAGGCAAACUUUUCAGCUUGCCCGGUGUGGAUGCACACUCAGAAUAACAUCACAAACAAAGUUAGUUUAGUUUAGGUUUCCAGCUGCAUACUAACAUUGGACAAACUUGUGGACAAAUACAGGUAUAAAGGAAUGGCCCUAACAUGGCUCCCACGGAAAAAGAGUUAAAAUUAAGCUCUUAAUUCUUACAGGUUUGGAGAGAUUUAUUGUAUUCAUCGCAAAUAGAAAAGACUCUGACGUCACAGUGAAUUCCUUUCUGUUCGAGAUUAAAAAUGGUCGAAAGCUUCCAGUUAGGAAAGGCUUUCGUGACGAGCUUCAAGGAGAAAGCCCCUUUCGUUCGAAUAAUGCCGUGAUGGAAAUCGUUAGAAUCGGAGCUGAGAGCUUGAACGAGAAAGACCUAGUGCCCAGGCCUAUAGAAGGGAACUCUCGUCAAAAUGAAGUCAAAGUAGUUCGAGAAAUCCCUGGAGAGAAUGGAAUGUGUGGUACUCCAAGUAUUGAUAACAAAGAUAAGACAGUUUCUGCUAGUAUAAGGGCCUCCGAAAGCAAGAAGAUAGUUGAUAACAGUGGAAGAGAAAACAUCAACAAUAACGACAAUAACGGCAACAGCAAUACCAACAACAACAACAACAACAACAACAACAACAGUAAUACUAGCAACACUACAAACAACGAGACCAACGAGAGUAAAACAGAACAGGGACAAGAAAACCCAGGCAUAUUUUCCGCAAUGUUAGGAUGGUUGAAAAGUAAUUCAAGUAAAAGUGAAUUGCAAACCCCAUCCAACGAGAAACACCCAAACGAGCCCCAGCAACAAGUUACAACCGAGCAACAACCUCCCAGAGCAAGUGUUAACCCCUCAGAUGAGUGUGCUCCGCUGAACGAUAAGGAAAGACAAGAAACGGAACCAGAACACGACAAGUCAGUACAUCGCAACGGCAACAGCAACGGCAACAACAACAACAACACGAACAACAAUAGCAAACAAAACAGUAGUAACAACACCACCAACAUCACCAACACGACCGUUAACAACAAUAACAACAACAGCAGCAGCAACAUCACGAACAACAACAACAGCAAACAAAACAACAGUAACAACACCACUCCCACCACCAACAUCACCAACAAAACCGUUAACAACAAUAACAACAACAGCAGCAGCAACAUCACGAACAACAACGAUAGCAAACAAAACAACAGUGACAACACCACUCCCACAACUGUUAACAACACCAACAACACAGCCUCGACAUUAGGAUGGUUGAAAGAUAAUUCAAGUAAAAAGAAAUUGCAAACCUCAUCCUACGAGAAACACCCAAACGAGCCCCAACAAGUUACAACCGAGCAACAACCUAAUAAAGCGAGUGUUACCUCCUCAAAUGAGUGUGCUCCGCUGAACGAUAAGGAAAGACAAGAAACGGAACCAGGACACAAGUCAGUAAAUCGCAACGGCAACAGCGAAAACAACAAAAACUCGAACAAAAAUAGCAAACAAAACAAUAGUAACAACAACACCACUCCCACCACCAACAUCACCAACACAACCAUUAACAACAACAAUAACAACAACAGCAGCAACACCACGAACAACAACAAUAGCAAACAAAACAACAGUAACAACACCACUCUCAUCACCAACAUCACCAACACAACUGUUAACAACAAUAACAAGAACAGCAGCAGCAACAUCACCAACAAAAACAAUAACAAACAAAACAACAGUAGCAACACCACUCCCACCACUGUUAACAACAACAACACAGACAACAACAACACAAACAACAACACAGAAAACAACAACAGUAACAACAACAACAACAACAACAACAGCAGCAGCAGCAACAACAGCAACAGCACAACCAACAACAGCAACAGCACAACCAACAACAGCAAUAACAACGACAGCAACAACACAACCAACAACAGCAAUAACAACAACAGCAACAAUACAGACAACAACAGUAGCAACGAUAACAACAACAAAAAUGAAAGUAAAACAGGACAGGAACAAGAGAAAACAGGCACACAAACCAAAUUACAAGGAACUGCAGUUGAGGGCGGUGGGACUGUUUCAGAUGAGUCCGCUGUGCUGUUUCAUGAGGAAAGACAAGAAACGGAAUCAAGAUAUGACAAGUCAGUAAUAAUACAUCAGCCCGAAUUGCAAAAGGAGCAUUCAAUGGUAAAUUCGAGCAUUGAAGAUAAUAAUCCAUCUAAUCAUAAGAUUUGUUGCACACAUGAUUCGUGUACACUCGUGUAGUUGUGGUGUAUGGAAGUAGCUUUGAAUGUGUUUCUCAUGCAGUUCUCAGUGAUUUAAAAUGUUCACUUAAAUUUAAUGCUGGUAUGGUUUUUAAUAUGCAUUGAUGAAACAAAGUAUAAACGAUUUUAUCAAAGACAGCUUGCGGCAGUACAAAACUCAUUUAAAUACAAUAAUCAAGUUAAUAACUUUAAAUGAUAAUGAAAUUGGGCUCUUGGCCCAAACGAGAGUUCUAUAAUGCCAUGUAUAAAUAAAUAACCAGGGCACAGAAUACUAUACAGAAGGCCAUCUCCAUUGUUUUUCGCGUUAGCGCUAUUCGUCAUGAUACAUCACUCAGCAAGUACCGUAAACAGAAGCAGUCACCCCCCUGUACGUGCGCCAUUUUGAAUAUUAGACAGAUUUAGAUCGAAGACGCGGACGUCAAAGGCGACGUGAAAAUGGCGUGCUGUGCCUAUCUAUUGAUAUGACACACCUUUUGACGCCAUUUCCACGUCGUCUUUGACGUCCGCGUCCUCGAUCUAUAAAUAUGUCUUACAUUUCCCUGAGCAUAAUAGAGGUUUCAACUGUAGUUUCAGUAAAAUUUUGUGCACUUUCUGUAUGAGGGGUCAUUACCACCAAAAUGCUUUUCUAAAUUCUAUUCCAGUCAACUAAAGUUCUGUUCUUCAACAUGGCUAUUGUACAACAACCGAAUUCAACCGUCGCCAGGGGGGUGACUGCUUCUGUUUAUACGG